GCCCCCUCGCAAACCCCUUUCCCCUUCCAACAGGCCUCCGUACAAAUCAAAUUAUAUAUCAUGAAGGAUUCAUAUCAAGGUGGAUUUAUGGCAACUGGGAGCAAUAUGAAUAAUAUUGAUUCAUCUUCAUCUUCAUCAUCAUCAACAACGCCGUGUGCAGCAUGCAAACUUCUCCGCAGGAAGUGUGCACAUGACUGUAUGUAUGCUCCUUAUUUCCCUGCCGAUGAGCCUCACAAAUUCGCCUGUGUCCAUAAGGUUUUUGGUGCUAGCAACGUGAGCAAGAUGCUUCUGGAGUUGCCGGAGGAUCAACGGGAAGAUGCGGUGAGCGCGAUGGUGUACGAGGCGAACGCGAGGAUUAGAGAUCCGGUGUACGGCUGCGCCGGUGCAAUAUCAGCUCUCCAGCAACAAGUUGGCAUCCUUCAGUCUCAGCUUGCAAUUGCCCAAGUUCAAGUUUCCCAACUCAAGGCCUCUCAAUCCCUAUCUUCUUCCCCCACCUCUUCCUCCUCCCGGAUGGUGGCCGAGCCCCGGCGUCACCGCCGUUACGACGACUCCUUCGCUCAGCAUAUGAGCGCCGACAACAACUCCGCCGCCGCCGCAGCCAACACUAUGUUGAUGGACGAUCAGGAAGAAACUAAUGAUCAUGACGGUAGUUAUUUAGGGGAUCCGGAUUAUUCCUUGUGGUCCUACUAG